AUUUAUACUGAUAUUUUGUUUUUCAUUUUUCAGGUGUGCAUCCUACAUGGACCAUGAAUUUUCAGAACUCAUCUUAUGCGGAAAACAAAUUUUUUCCAAAAAAUGAUGACAUUUCUCUUAGAAGUUGGUGGCUGACCAGGUUCGUGCCAUUGAUCCAUACUGUUGUAUUCCUCGUGGCUCUUCCCCUCGAUCUCAUGGCGAUCGUCAUGUUCCUGGUCAAGAUGAAGGUCAAGAAGCCAGCAGUGGUCUACAUGCUGAACCUCGCCAUAGCAGAUGUCCUCUUCGUUUGCAUCCUGCCUUUCCGUAUUGUCUAUCGAUUCAUGGGAAACAAUUGGCUCAUGGGGGAAGGGAUGUGUCGCUUUGUCACGGCAUCAUUUUACUGCAACAAGUACUGCUCCAUCCUGUUUAUGACAAGUAUCAGCGUGGACCGCUUCUUGUCGGUAGUCUAUCCAGUACGGUCUCUUUCUUUGCGCACAGAAACCCGAGCCUGGCUGGCAUGUGGCGUCAUCUGGGUCAUCUCAUUGGCUGGCACCGUGCCUCUUCUUACACACACGCUUACCUUCCCCCUUCCUGCGCUAAAUAUCACAACUUGUUUUGACGUGCAGGACUCCAACGUUUUUGAAGGCUUUAAUUUUUACUAUUUCAUUACUUACCGCUUAGUUUUCUUUGUCCUACCUUUGCUCAUUAUAACGUGGUGUUACAUCGGAAUCAUCUGCAGUCUCUGUCUGGCCAACGUUGACCGCGCCCAUUGGAGAUCCCGAGCCGUCUACCUGACGGCCGUUGUACUUUUUGUAUUCGCCCUUUCCUUUGGCCCAACCAACGUCAUCUUUUUCACUUACUGCUUGAGGAUGUUCAAAUACGGCGAUGGCUCUCUGAACUUCACCUACAUCCUUUCGGCCAGCAUGAGCAACAUCAGGUGUUGUCUCAAUCCUAUUAUCUACUAUUACGCAUCUCUCCAAUAUCAGACGUAUGUCUACAGUUUGCUGUGUUGGAGGAAAAAAGGCAGGAACAGACGAAGGCCAAUGUUAUCCUGAAAGUAUGUGCAAUAUAAUAAAUAGAAUUACGUAUGAGGGCUUGCCCGUGUUUCCAACACUGUCAUAACAAACAAUGAGAAGAACGUCUUCCAAACCCUCAAUCUGCUCAGUUUCAGGACUUCGAGAGUCCACCCAACGGAGGUGGCACAAGCAGGGCUGCUGUUAGAAAUCACGGGGCCCCAUACAGCCUACCUGGCACACAGGGAAUCCUUCUGUAAUUGCCCCUCCGCCUGACCACACCAAUUCCCCCUGCUGUUUGGGCCCUCCCUGUGUGGCUGGGCCCUCUACAGGAGGACUGGUGGUCCCCCCCCUAUCAGGCACAAGAGUGAGAUAUGAGGCACACCAACACUGGCUUCUACUUAGACAUAAAAGUAGUGACUGUUCGGUGACAAGUAUGUGAAACAUGGAGAGACACGCUAUGGAGAGACUCGUUAUCUUAUAAUGAUAUAUGUCUACAGUUUGCUAUGUUGGAGGAACGAAGCCAAGAACAGAAGGACUUAAGGGUAUGCCAUUGUUAUCCUGAAAGUAUGUGCAAUACAAUAUAAAUACGUAGUAGGGUUCGUCUGUGUUUUCAGCACUGUAAUAACAAACAAUAUAAAAAAGGCAGGGCAUGUCCUCAUAACCCUCAAUCUACUCAGCUUCGGGAACUCAGGAGAACACCCAACAGAUGUGCCACAAGAGUAGGGGAUGAGGCACAUCCAUUGCCGGUUUGUAAUUCGACAUAAAAGUAGUGACUGUUUGGUAACAACUUACUCUUUACGUCUAGAGGAAAAGAGAUUUCACCU